UCCGAGGCGCGGCCCCAGGCUCGCUCUCCGACUCUUUACCGCGGGGCUGGGGCCACAGCCCGGGGAAGCUAUGACUCGCACGGCCCUGCCGAGAGCCCCCCGGGCCGCCGCCGCCCCGACUGUCACAGGGCAGAAUUAGCUCGCGUUCCAGACCCCCUGGCCCCCCAGGCCCACCCUGGUGCGGGCCCCCGGGAUGCGGGAGCGGACGAACCCGACAAAAGCUCGGGCUCGGCGCGCCCGGGCAGCCGGGCGUUGUGCUAACGUUUUUCGCGCCUCGGAGCCGGGCUCGCUCGCGCCCCGUCACGGGACAGUCGCCACACCCUUCAGUCCAGUUACAACGCAGGGAUCACAACAAACACAGCCGCCGCAGAAGCACUAUGGCAUUACUUCUCCCAUCAGCUUAGCAGCCCCCAAGGAGACCGACUGCAUACUCACACAGAAACUGGUUGAGACCCUGAAGCCCUUUGGGGUUUUUGAAGAGGAGGAGGAGCUGCAGCGCAGGAUUUUAAUUUUGGGAAAAUUAAAUAACCUGGUUAAAGAGUGGAUACGAGAAAUCAGUGAAAGUAAGAAUCUUCCGCAAUCUGUGAUUGAAAACGUUGGAGGAAAAAUUUUUACAUUCGGAUCUUACAGAUUAGGAGUACAUACAAAAGGUGCCGAUAUUGAUGCGUUGUGUGUUGCACCAAGACAUGUUGAUCGAAGUGACUUUUUCACCUCAUUCUAUGAUAAGUUGAAAUUACAAGAAGAAGUAAAAGAUUUAAGAGCUGUUGAAGAGGCAUUUGUACCAGUUAUCAAACUCUGUUUUGAUGGGAUAGAGAUUGAUAUUUUGUUUGCACGAUUAGCACUGCAGACUAUUCCAGAAGAUUUGGACCUACGAGAUGAUAGUCUGCUUAAAAAUUUAGAUAUAAGAUGCAUAAGAAGUCUUAACGGUUGCAGGGUAACCGAUGAAAUUUUACAUCUAGUACCAAACAUUGACAACUUCAGGUUAACUCUGAGAGCUAUCAAACUGUGGGCCAAACGCCACAACAUCUAUUCCAAUAUAUUAGGUUUCCUCGGUGGUGUUUCCUGGGCUAUGCUAGUAGCAAGAACUUGCCAGCUUUACCCAAAUGCAAUAGCAUCAACUCUUGUACAUAAAUUUUUCUUGGUAUUUUCUAAAUGGGAAUGGCCAAAUCCAGUGCUAUUGAAACAGCCUGAAGAAUGCAAUCUUAAUUUGCCUGUAUGGGACCCAAGGGUAAACCCCAGUGAUAGGUACCAUCUUAUGCCUAUAAUUACACCAGCAUACCCACAACAGAACUCCACGUACAAUGUGUCCGUUUCAACACGGAUGGUCAUGGUUGAGGAGUUUAAACAAGGUCUUGCUAUCACAGAUGAAAUUUUGCUGAGUAAGGCAGAGUGGUCCAAACUUUUUGAAGCUCCAAACUUCUUUCAAAAGUACAAGCAUUAUAUUGUACUUCUAGCAAGUGCACCAACAGAAAAACAGCGCCUAGAAUGGGUGGGCUUGGUGGAAUCAAAAAUCCGCAUCCUGGUUGGAAGCUUGGAGAAGAAUGAAUUUAUUACCCUGGCCCAUGUGAACCCCCAGUCAUUUCCAGCACCCAAAGAAAAUCCUGACAAGGAAGAAUUUCGAACGAUGUGGGUGAUUGGGUUAGUGUUUAAAAAAACAGAAAACUCUGAAAAUCUCAGUGUUGAUCUCACCUAUGAUAUUCAGUCUUUCACAGAUACAGUUUAUAGGCAAGCAAUAAACAGCAAGAUGUUUGAGGUGGAUAUGAAAAUUGCUGCCAUGCAUGUAAAAAGAAAGCAACUCCAUCAACUGCUACCUAAUCAUGUGCUUCAGAAAAAGAAAAAGCAUUCAACAGAAGGUGUCAAAUUGACAGCUCUGAAUGACAGCAGCCUCGACUUGUCUAUGGACAGUGAUAACAGCAUGUCUGUGCCUUCACCCACUAGUGCUAUGAAGACCAGUCCAUUGAACAGUUCUGGCAGCUCUCAGGGCAGAAACAGUCCUGCUCCAGCUGUGACAGCAGCAUCUGUGACCAACACACAGGCUACUGAAGUUUCUGUGCCACAAGUAAAUUCCAGUGAAAGCUCAGGGGGUACAUCGAGUGAAAGCAUUCCUCAAACUGCCACACAACCAGCCAUUUCUCCACCACCAAAGCCUACAGUCUCCAGAGUUGUUUCCUCAACACGUCUGGUAAACCCACCACCUAGACAUUCAGGAAGUGCACCAACAAAAGUACCUAAUCCUAUAGCAGGAGUCAAGAGGACAUCCUCCCCUCAUAAAGAAGAGAGUCCCAAGAAAACCAAAACAGAAGAGGAUGAAACAAGUGAAGAUGCUAACUGUCUUGCUUUGAGUGGACAUGAUAAAACUGAAACAAAGGAACAACUUGAUACAGAGACAAGUACAACCCAAUCAGAAACUAUUCAGACAGCGGCUUCUCUGUUGGCCUCUCAGAAAACAUCCAGUACAGACCUUUCUGAUAUCCCCGCUCUCCCUGCAAAUCCUAUUCCUGUUAUCAAGAAUUCAAUAAAACUGAGAUUGAAUCGGUAAAAACAACCUCAGGGGUCCAUAAACAAUAUCUGCCAACUCAACCUGUUGUCUUCAAAUGCUAAAAAAGGAAAAUGGAGGGUACAAGACUAGACAUGACUGAAAAUGGAUUUAGGUUUUUUUGGUGACCUCCCUUACUGGGCUAAUCAGCACUUGAUCGGAAGUCCAGGUUAGUAUGUGAAGCCAGGAGUACUAUUAUUAUUGUGUUAGCAACAGUUGCAUUAACUAUUUCAAAAAUUACUGCCUUUAAAUGAAAAAAAAAAAAAAAAACCUCAAGCUAUAUUUGUAUCCAUAAUUGACAUCUGAAUUGGGUUUAUGUUUGAUGCAUUGUUUGGAAAACUUGCAAUACAAACUGGCAUAAGAUUUCCUUAUUCUGAUGAUGCACUUUUAUGUAUUUUUUUAUUAGGAAGUAGAACUAAUUUAGGUUUUCAGCUUGAUGGAUUUCUUUCUUUCCUGAAGAAUUUCCUUUGCCAUUAGCUUCCAGUUGGGUACCAUUGUGCAGUGGUGUACGGUCACACUCAGAGAGGAUGUGAGCACGUCUAGUGUAGUCUCCCUAGGAGGUAGCAUAACCCUUGAGGAUGAAGUGGCAACUCUAGGGUAUACCUUUGACAUUGAAAGAAUAAUUAAGACAUACUUGGUUUUGAUGGGGUCGCGAUUAAGAAAUGAUAUAUUGGUUUUAUUUAUAGAAUUGUUUUAUAGUGCAUACAAAUCAACAAUCAGCAAGUAUUUUUCUUCAGGCUUAUCAAAGUUCGAUAUUCUUUUGCCUUCAAUCUGUUGUCUUCAAAACAAAAACAAGAAAAGCUUUUUGCACUCCCUACCCUUUUUUUCUUAUUUUCCUUUGCUUGUGUGCACGAGGUAGGAAGUACUUCACAGAAAACAAAAUGCCAGUAUUUUCUUAAGCCAUGAUGUGAAACCAGUAAGACCCUGUGGCUACAUGACACAGAACACUAAAUUUUGGUCCCAUGGCUGAAACCUUUAGAGUGACUAAAAAUAAUGCCUGUGAAACAUGAUAACUAUCUUGGAUGGCCAUUUGAUCUCUCAAUAAAGAAGAAUUUUGUACACUCCAUGGAACUGCUCUCUAUAGCAAAUCGACUUUCAAUUUUAAACAUGUGGGCAAAAAGGCAUUUUCUCCAAGAUUUUUAGACUGAUUUUUAUUUUUAACUGGUUUACCAAAAUUUGUCGGUGAAUUUUACAUACAGAAACAUUUUAAAAAUCAUUUCUAGCAAGCACUUGACAUCUAGUCAGCUUUCCUUUUUAUUUUCUUUUAUUCUAUCAAAAGAUUAGGAACUCCUUUCUUUAAAGAAAAUAAUUCCCAUAAUUAGGAAGAACAUCCAUCCUUACAGAGUGUGAGGGCUGCCAGACGUUGGUAACUCGGUCUUCAUCUGGACAGAGCAAAGCUGACGCGCAUGCUUGGAGUCUUCCCUUGUGCUUCAUUCCGUCACACGUGCAUUCUCAUGUUCAACUUCCCUGUCCUCCUCAAUUAAUUUUCCAAAGUUGGAGUGUAGUCUCUCCCCUUAGGCUAUGCAUUAAUUGAAGCUUUCUCUUCCACAUGAUUUAUAAUGUCUAGUAUACAGUAUUCUGCUUCCCACAUCUUUGCUCUGCACAGUCACCUUGCCCUUCCUUCCACCACCUACAGAAAACAAGAUGGUCAUCCUAACAGGUGAAGUGUACAAGGUGUCUGUGUGUUUGUGUAGCUUCAGAGUUAGAUUGAAAUUGCCAGGCACAGAUUUAGUCUUGUCAUUUUGUUUACACAUUGGGGAAAAAAUUCAGUUUAUUAAACGUUUCAUGUAACUGCACCCAAGUUUUGCCAAGCUGGAAACUUGGACAUUUUCUGUGUAGUGACUUUUUAAUUCUAGUUUUCAUAACCUGGAGAUCAGACUGUUGCUUUCGCAUGAUGUAUGUAGUGUCUCAUGACUGGAGUUUGCUUUGUUUUAUAGUAUCUGUACUCCUUGUAUUUUUCAAGAGCUAUUUUGUAAACAGAUGAUGUAUUUCUCCA